AUGGAAAUUGUUUGGGAGGUGCUUUUUCUUCUGCAAGCGAAUUUCAUCGUCUGCAUUUCAGCUCAACAAAAUUCACCAAAAAUCCAUGAAGGCUGGUGGGCUUAUAAGGAGGUGGUCCAGGGAAGCUUUGUUCCAGUUCCCUCCUUUUGGGGUUUGGUGAACUCAGCUUGGAAUCUUUGCUCUGUUGGGAAAAGACAGUCACCUGUCAAUAUUGAAACCAGCCAUAUGAUUUUUGAUCCCUUCUUAACUCCACUUCGCAUAAACACAGGGGGAAGAAAGGUCAGUGGGACGAUGUAUAAUACAGGGAGACAUGUAUCUCUACGACUAGACAAAGAGCAUUUGGUCAACAUCUCUGGAGGGCCGAUGACAUAUAGCCACCGCUUAGAGGAAAUCCGGUUACACUUUGGAAGUGAAGACAGCCAGGGAUCAGAGCACCUACUCAACGGACAGGCUUUCUCUGGAGAGGUUCAACUAAUCCACUAUAACCAUGAGCUGUACACAAAUGUCACAGAAGCUGCAAAGAGUCCUAAUGGGUUGGUGGUAGUUUCCAUAUUUAUGAAAGUAUCUGAAUCAUCAAAUCCAUUUCUAAAUCGUAUGCUUAACAGAGACACCAUAACAAGAAUAACAUAUAAAAAUGAUGCAUACUUACUACAGGGGCUUAAUAUUGAGGAACUUUAUCCAGAGACAUCUAGCUUCAUUACAUAUGAUGGGUCAAUGACAAUUCCACCCUGCUAUGAAACAGCAAGCUGGAUAAUAAUGAACAAACCUGUCUACAUAACAAGGAUGCAGAUGCAUUCUUUACGACUGCUAAGCCAGAAUCAGCCAUCACAGAUAUUUCUGAGCAUGAGCGACAAUUUCAGACCAGUCCAGCCUCUCAACAAUCGAUGUAUCCGAACUAAUAUCAACUUUAGUUUACAGGGAAAAGAUUGUCCAAACAAUAGAGCACAGAAACUACAGUAUAGAGUAAAUGAAUGGCUCCUCAAGUAA